CUGAGAUGUGUCUGUGUGACUUGCUCUCAGAGCUGCUGAAGAGAAUCUCUUGAAGGUCCUUGUUAAGGUCUUUCAAAGAGACAUGGCACAAACUGGACUUAUGAUUUUCCUACUCAUAAGUUUACUACUGGUGGAUCAGACCAUCAGCCAGGCUUCCAAAUUCAAAGCCAGGAGGCACAGCAAACGUAGAGUGAAAGAAAAAGAUGACCUGAAGACCCAGAUUGACAAACUGUGGCGAGAAGUAAAUGCUCUGAAAGAAAUGCAAGCACUCCAGACAGUGUGUCUCCGUGGGACAAAGGCCCAUAAGAAGUGCUACCUCAUGUCAGAAGGCACCAAGCAUUUCCAUGAAGCCAAUGAAGACUGCAUAACCAAGGGAGGGACACUGGCUAUCCCAAGGAAUAACGAGGAAACAAACAUUCUUCGAGAUUACGGCAAGAGAAGUACACCCAGAGCAUCCGAGUUCUGGCUGGGGGUCACUGACAUGAUCAAUGAAGGGAAAUUUGUUGAUGUCAAUGGCAUGGUUCUGCAGUACUUCAACUGGGAUCGUGCCCAGCCCAAUGGGGGCAAACGUGAGAACUGUGUGUUUUUUUCUCUUUCGUCCCAAGGCAAGUGGGUGGAUGAGGUGUGUCGUACCGCCAAAAGAUACAUUUGUGAAUUCCUGAUCCCAUAAUUACAGAUACAAAAGACCAUAGCCAUGUUUCAGGUUAACAUGCAGUUUUGCUUAGGAACCCCUCCCACUCAGAGUGCGGUGAGUUAAA